UUUGUUCUUUUUCAAUCAAUGGGUUUUCUUUCCCGAUACUCAUCUCUUCCCCUUCCUUCUAUGAUCCUUUUCCAGAUUCUUCUCAUACUUCCCACCGCUCCACCACCUGAAAGACUAAUUUUUCUCUUAGCGAAUCUUCCAUUUUCUCCGUGUUUUCCCUGUUCUCUUCUACACCAUCGACAUUAAUCGAAUCCGCCAUCACCACUGCUCCACCAAAUCGCCACUCCAACACCUUCUUUGCAAUGAUAACUGAUGGUGAACGAAGCACGACACUCCGGUGAACGAACGGCUUUACACUUUCGGAAUCUUUUCAACAACUGUUACUCGUGGACCUUCAUUCAACGGGGAAUCUGUUACACUGCCGUACGCUUCCUCCAAAGUGGAGUAAGGUAAUGUUUUUUUAUCUUAUAUUCGUUCGUUGUUGAUUACUCCUUCCACACCUCAAAUAGCUCAACCAAAACUGUUAGCUGAGGUUCUGUUACAAAUUUUCCUUCCAUAUGUUCCAUGAAAGUAGUAAGUGAACUUUUUUUUAUUGUGAUUGUUCCAUGGUGCUAUUUCAAGAGCCUCAAGUGGCAUGGGGACUGAAACUUCACGGGUUCUUGCACUUUGUAGAGUCUAUGUAGUUAUGGUUGUUAGGAAUACGUCGGCAGGAGGAUUUGAAUGGGUUACUUGGGGACGCUGGCUACAGGUUUGGGAAGUAGAAAACCUCAAAAAGGUUAUUGCUUUUGGAUGAGAAACAUGCCUAUAAGGCGUUCGAUGAAAUGCCUGAGCCGAUUAAGAUAUGCGUCCGCUACGCUAAUUGAAAGGCGUAUAAUCUACCACGUGCUCUCAAACUGAAGUAUCAUUUUCACAAAAAAUGGCUGCCGCCGCCACUGUCUCGGACGUCUCAGGCUACGAUCGACUAACGGAACUCAAAGCUUUCGACCAAACAAAAACAGGUGUUAAAGGCCUUGUCGAUGCCGGAAUCCGCCAAAUCCCUCGCAUCUUCAUCCAUCCACCGGAAACCUCCCCCAAAACCUCCACAACUUUCGAGAUUCCAGUCGUUGACCUUGGAUCAACCGAUAGAGCAUCGACGGUGGAGGUGAUCCUUGCAGCAUCGGAGAAUCUAGGUUUCUUUCAAGUGGUGAAUCACGGGAUCCCUGUGAGUGUUAUGGACGAGAUGCUUCAAGGAGUUCGUAGAUUUCACGAGCAAGAUCUGGAGGUGAAAAAACGGUUAUACUCGAGAGAUUUCUCGAGAAGCGUCGUGUAUAAUAGCAACUUCGAUCUUUACAGUUCCCCCGCCACGAACUGGAGAGACACAUUCUCUUCAUUUAUGGGUCCGUCAACUCCGCCGCCUGAGGAAUUGCCGGAGGUUUGCAGGGACAUACAAAUCGAGUAUUCGAAUCAUGUGCUGAAACUAGGCAGCUUACUAUUCCGAUUGAUCUCAGAAGCCUUGGGGUUGAACGAUAAUUACUUCGGAGAUCUGGAUUUUGACAAAGGGAUUUUAAUCGCCGGCCAUUAUUAUCCUGCUUGUCCACAACCAGAUCUAACUAUGGGUACAGCAAAACACACGGAUAAUGGAUUUCUAGCAGUGCUUCUACAAGAUGAAAUCGGAGGACUUCAAAUCCUCCAUCAAAAUCAAUGGGUUGAUGUUCCUCCAACACCUGGUGCGCUUGUGAUCAACAUCGGUGAUCUAUUACAGAUUUUAUCGAAUGACAAAUUGAGGAGUGUGGAGCAUAGAGUGGUGGCAAAUGUGAAAGGGCCGAGAGUGUCGGUGGCUUGUUUCUUCGGAACCUCCUUAGCGCCGUCGGAGAAGGUGGUGGGACCAUUGCCAGAGCUGGUUUCCGAUGAGAACCCACCGAGGUACAGAGAAACCACCUACUAUGAAUACGGGCAACAUUCCAUCUCCAAGGCCCUUGAUGGUGUUCCUCAGCUGCUUCAUUGGAGGAUUUAGGUUUUAUCACGCUUACACAGUUAUCAAAACUCAGUGUCGUUUUCUAUAAAAUGAAAAAGGGUUGCCAUUACUUUACUUAUUAUUUAUUAACGAACUAUCAUUUUGUUU